AUGGAUGAUACUAAUCUACUGAUUGUUGAUGAGAAAGACUAUGAUCGGGCUGAGCAGCAAGAAAAACAUGAUACAUGGAUAAAGUCUAUGACAGACGAGCAAAAACAAAUAUAUGCUGAGAUCAUGGAAGCAGUGGUUAAUGACAUAGGAGGGGUGUCCUUUGUUUAUCAUUUUGGAGGAACUGAUCAAGCACAACUGGUGACCAAAGCAUCUUUGUUUAUAUGGGAUGAAGCUCAAAUGAUGAGCAAACACUGUUUUGAACCGUUAGAUAGAAUUUUGUCGGAUAUUAUAAAAGGAGAAGGUAAUCGACCUUUUGGUGGGAAAGUUGUUGUAUUUGGAGGAGAUUUCAGACAAGUGGUACCCAUCAUCCCGAAUGCUGGAAGAGCAGAAAUAUGUAUGAGUGCACUAAAUACUUCUUAUUUAUGGGACCAUUGUAAAGUAUUGAGGUUGACAAAGAAUAUGAGGCUUCUUGCGAAGAAUUUGAAUCCCACGGCUGCAAAGGAAAUCAAGGAAUUCUCAGAUUGGAUACUGAAAGUUGGUGAUGGAAAUAUUGCAGAACCAAAUGAAGGCGAAGUGAUGAUAGAUAUCCACGGGAGUUUUUAA